AGCUCCGGUGCGUGCAGGCCAAGGGGGCCCCGUCCCAUACCACAUGGUGUUCGCCUGCCCUUGCGGCUUCUGCUCCUCCUCCUCCGCCUCUCUUUAUUCAUCGCAUCUGCAUUCCUCUCAAAAUCCUUACCUCUCCUCUCCACUUCUUCUCUUUCCUACUUCCUCCUCCGUUUCGUCCUUCUCUAUCCUUUCCUUUUUCCUUUCCAUCUCUCUCCCGACCAACCAUCUCGACAUUGGCCAGCCUGGAAGUCUAGCGUUAUCCCACGACUAACUUCCCACCCAACAGGCUGAUUCCUUCUUUAGUUGCUUUCUGUAUUUCCUUCUUUGCGACAUCUAGCGUUGUGUUUGCUCUUGACUUCUACGUAAUUUGCUCUUCGGCAUUGCUUCUUCGAUAUCCCGACUUUUGUCUCUCGCCAAGGAACAGCCAUCCACCUCCCAGUUUUUGCUUCUCGGCUUCGCUUUUGUCUAUACCAAUCCCUCCGAAUGCUUUCUUGCUGUCGAUUCUAAGCACACCACCCUACUUGUGCUUGUCGUUACCUAGUACGAUCUUGCUUCGACGACCUACCCACUCGUCGACCUUCUAUCGUUUGGCUUGUUAGUCAAUCGAUAGCCCCUGUGCAUCCGUCCUUGUUCCCUCCCCUCGAAAGAGAUACUGGGAACGACGACGCUGCACUCCAUCACAUCCACCACACAUCAUGCGUUUCAACGCCCCAUUGGUGCAGUUGGCGUUCUUUGCGUCCUGCACUGAUGCCUUCUACCCCUACAAGCCUGGAUGGCUUGAAGAGCUGGAGACCGGCAAGGCUGUUGAGAAUGUUCUGGACAACGUCAAGGAUCUCACCGCCGGUGUAGCCUUCCAGAUUAAGCAAAGAGGAACCGAGCAAGCCGGUGUGUCCAAUGCCGAGAGAGCGGCCCAACAAGCGGCUCGUUUACGAUUCAAGUACGAUCGCUACGGCUAUGCUGCUGAGGCCAGAGCCACAAACAACCGCUUUCUUCGCCGAGCCAACCAAUACAAGGUUCUGCCCGCAGCCGCCCCUCCUGCUGGUAGCAAUGCAGCUGGUAUUGCCCAGGAUGGAACCGACUAUUCCUACUUUGUGCAGGUCCAGCUCGGAUCCAAGAAGCAGCCCAUGUACAUGCUGGUCGAUACCGGUGCAGGUUCUUCCUGGGUUAUGGGCAAGUCUUGUACCUCGGACUCGUGCAAGAAGCACGGCUUGUUUGGACCCGAAGAUUCCGACACACUGGAGAUGACAUCGGACGACUUUUCCAUUGCUUACGGCACUGGCCAAGUCAAGGGCAAGCUUUCUGUCGACACGAUUUCAGUGGCCGACAUGAGCCUCAAAUACCGAUUCGGUCUUGCAUCGGAGACGUCGCAGGAGUUUGCGUCGUUUGCCUUUGACGGCAUCCUCGGCCUAUCCAUGGGCAAGGGAGCCAGCGACAACUUUUUGGAGACGGUCAGCAAGGGAGCCAAGCUCCCUCACAAUGUCUUUGCCAUUGCGCUCAACCGCGCAAGCGACGGCGCCAACAAUGGCGAAAUCAAGUUUGGCGGAAUCAACCCUGCCAAGUUUACGGGCGAGUUGAAGUACACCAAAGUGGGAACUGAUACUGGCGAAUGGGCCAUUCCCAUGGACGACCUGGGCUUUGACGGCAAGAAGGCCGGCAUUGGUGCUCUGGCAUACAUUGACACUGGCACGUCGUUCAUGUUUGGACCCGAUGCCAUGGUCAAGAAGCUGCACGACUCCAUCCCCGGUGCUGCGUCUGCCGGCCAAGGCGCCUACACCGUUCCCUGCGACACCUCCAAGUCGCUCUUCAUCACCUUUUCUGGUGUUGACUACGAAAUCCCACCCAAAGACUUUGUGUCCCCCAAGGACAACGCUGGCAAGUGCACUAGCAACGUGUACGGCCACGAGGUUGUCAAGGGCGCCUGGCUCAUGGGCGACACGUUCCUCAAGAACGUCUACACUGUGUUUGACAAGGACAACAAGCAGGUCGGCUUUGCACGAGCCUCUGGCGCCGCCUCCAGCGGCAGCCCUCCUCCUCCCUCACCGGCGGCGACAACCCCCAACUCGCCUUCGGGCACUACCAGCAACUCGCCCAAUGGCGUUCCCCCAGGCACUACGCCGCCACCCUCAUCAUCCAUGACCACCACGGAAAGCAAGCCGGGAAUGGGCUUGACGGGCCAUGAGUCCAAGAGCGGGUCUGACAGUGCGUCGGCCACAGCUGCGCCGGCUAAGUCGGAGAAUGCUGCCACCGGGUUGCAUGCUGGUCAUGCCUCAAUGGUCUCUUUGGUUGCUAUUGUGACCUCGCUCGCCUUGUUGGCGUAGUGGUCUAAGUAGUCCCCCAUGCGUGAUGGAAUAGAAUCCAUUGAUCUGGGGUCUCCUUUUUUUGGAAAGAAAAGUGCUUUUUUCAUUCUCGUUCAAGGCGCCGAGAACAGACAAAACUGUAUCUCUACCCUUGGUAUACAACUUUUUCAGGAUAUAUAGGUAUAAUAACUGUGCGAAUACUACUACCGAGCGGAAAUAAUACACGCUACCGACUGUAUACUU